AUGAAAACAUUUCUGAAAUACGCAGGGCCACCUCAUGGGCGUCGUCCGCGAAAUGGAGAAGCACGUCAACUCACUCUCGGCGGCCGCGAAUUGGAGCUGACAUGGGCAGCUUUCCCAUUUUGUGCAUGGCAGGAACAAAAUGACCCACUCCACCCCCGGCGCACACGACUUGGACCAUAUCAAGAUCUGCGCCAGCGAAAUAGGGCAAUUAGCUUGCGGCAGACACAAAAUGGAGACUUGCUUUUGGGAUUCAACACCUUCUUGCCAAGGGGUUAUGAAAUCACACUUCCACUGGAUGAUGAACAACCUGCCCCAAAGAAGCCUGUUGAAUUUGAAGAAGCGAUUAAUUUUGUGAACAAAAUUAAGACCCGGUUUCAAGGUGAUGAUCGUGUUGCUGCACUUUUCCAAGAGCAUCCAGAUCUUCUUGAUGAGUUUACUCAUUUUCUCCCGGACACUUCCUCAGCAGCCUCUACUCAUUAUAUUUCUGCUAGAAAUUUUAUGCUACGUGAUAGGAGCUCUGCAAUGCCAACUGUACGGCAAAUGCAUGUUGAGAAGGUUUAUCUCAAUAUUUUUCUGUCCCCGAGAUGCUAAGUCAAGGUGCCUGGAGGUUUCAGCACCUUUUGGUGGCUGCAUUAUUGCCCCUUCCAUGAGAUGCAUGCUUCUAGUGUAUUAUUGUUCAGGCAACAUACCUGUAGCACUUAAUGAUAGCUGUAGAAAGUUUAAAAAAUCCAUCCCUCUAACUUGCUAUGAUGUUACAUUGGCUAAAGUAUUAUGUUGUUGAGAAGUAACUAUUUCUAAAUUGAACAUUGCAUUUGUUUACUUUUACUUAGGA